ACCUAAAAAUUGUAUUUUUUUUAUCUGGCUCAAAAUUUUAGUUACUACUUAAAAUUUUAAUUAGCCAUAAUAAUAAUCAAAAUAUGGUUCUAAAUUUGUAAUUGUAAAUAGAAUGUGGGGAUUUCACUAGUCAAAAUACUGUUAGUAGAAUUGCCAACUGGUGACGUUUGAAAUUACACCGUUAUAGAUUCAUAAUAAUGGCACUCGACAUUACUGCAAAUUGGAAUCAAUGGUGCGACUUGGCCGUGCUGGGGAUCGACGUGGUCUGUGCCGCUGUUCUUUACACAAUGUACAAAAAGAAGGAACGGCUUAUCAAGAACAUUUUAGAAGCACCAUCACUCUCGGUUAGUUCAGAGUUGGAAGAACUGCUUCAGGGGAAAGAGCAAGUCCCAUAUGCCGUGAUUCAGGGGAGGGUUCGUGACAUGGGACAAACAAUCGAGAGUUCUUCCGGUCUUAAAACGGUUAUGCAAAGGGUCACCCUUAAGGAACACAGUUAUCGAAGAUCCGCCUUGAAUAAUUGGGGAGAUAACGUUAGAACGAUUCACCAAGCACACAACUCUGUUCCAUUCGCUUUACGAAGCAUGCUUGAUCGGGAGCGGUCACUUUCUGCCUCCGCCAAGAAAUUCUUGGUGGGAAUUGACAAUCCAUUCGAUGCCGAAGAUGAGUCCUUAUUUUUAACGACAUCAACUAAUUUUACGCCCUCAAAUUCCUCUGUAGCGUCAACAGUGAUGGGAUUUUUUACUGGGGUCGCCGUCCGUGGAGUAGAAAGAACAGAGGAAGUUCUUCCCGUCGAUACCGUAAUUACUGGGAUUGGCCGCCUAGUCAAGGAUCCAGAAGGUAACAUCAAACUCGUCACUCCUAAGGACGAAGACCAAUAUCGAUUCAUCUUGAGCACAUUGCCAGUUGAAAGCAUCGUCAAAAAAUUGGAAGGUCGCAACACCAUCCUAAAAGUCGCCAUAUGUGUCGUCGUCUCUGUCGGCGCGGUGAUAGCCGUCCGUCGACUUCGCCUCCUCUGGCAAGAGUAUCAAAUGCGAAGAAUGCGUGAUGCAAUUCUUCGCCAACGUUCCCAAGUUGAUAUCGAAGGCUUGGCCGAGAUUCAGAUUUGCACCGUGUGUUUGACAAAUCCCAAAGAAGUAAUUUUGCUAAACUGUGGCCAUGUUUGCGUUUGUGCAGAUUGUGUGUUAAAGAUAGGCUCUAAGUGCCCUGUAUGCCGUAGUAUCGUAAUAUCGACACAUCCUGCAUUCAUUGUGUAAGUAAUUAAGUAAUAAUUGUAUUAUUAAACUAUGAAAUUAUUAGUCCGACACAAAUAAUAUGUAUAUGUUUUUGUAAUAAUAUAUGAUCCAUGUUGCUGUUACUGCAAGUUUUAAAUAUACGACAUGACUGGUAUCCGUCAAAAUCAAGCUCA